GGAAGAAAUAAAAUAAUUUGUCUCUUAUUGGCAAGUGAAUAUCUUGACUUCUAGUGGUUGAAAUUUGUAAUUAUUGAUAUCUGGGAUACUCUAGGGCUUUUCAAGUUUUUUCUGAAAAAAUUUAUAAAAUCCAUGUAUUAAAAGUCAAGUUAUUGACAUUUUUAUCACAGGAGUGCCUGGAAUAAAAAAAAUAAUUUGUCUCUUACUGAAUAUUCAUAGCAUGACAAGUAACUAAUAUUUUACCUUUGGUCAGGAAUGAUAGUGUUUUACAAGUGGAUAAUUAAUUUCUCCUUCAGGGAACUAAUACAGAGAUAUAGUUGAAUUAUACAUUCGGCAUGUAAUCGGGCCUAUUUUAAUCAGCAUGUAUGUAAUUCUCUAUCCAAUCAGCAAAAAAACUUAAUUUAACACUUUCGCUGCCGGUAGAUGAGCCUAGCAUACUCUAGGUUAUGAAAAGAACCAUGCUAUUAAAUUUGAUUUUCUUUUCGAUCCUGGAUGCUUCGUAUCAGAGCAAUAUCGGUUUAAGGUGCGACAUGAUCCCGGAAGGGGUGACGGCUCCUAAAUCGAUCCAAGACGUGGACCGAUAUAAAAUUGAGGUUUCUGGUAGUCCCGACGCAUAUGUUCCGGGUGAACAAUAUACCGUGUUUCUUCGUGCUGUAAAUAACGGACUAGAGAACCAGCACAAGUUCACCCAUUUUAUAUUAUCCGUUACUAAUGAAAAUCCCGAGAAGAAUAUCGCAUCGGAAACGUCCAUAGGAUCCAUGCAACUUUACGGGGACGCUUUGACGAAAUUUAGCCAGAGGUGCCGAAAUGCGGUUGUGGAGGCGGAUAAUCAACCGAAAGCUGAAGUUCAGUUUUUAUGGGUAGCACCAGUGAAAGGCAGCGGAUGUGUAAAAUUCAAAGCGACAGUGGUGGAAUCAGUCGAUAAGUGGUUCAACGAGGACAGUGACUUGACAAAAGUCUUGUGCGAGGAGGCUCCGGACACCGAGGACACCCAACCGAAAAUCCUCAAACAGUGUUGCACAUGCGACGAAGCCAAAUAUGAAGUUACGUUUGAGGGAUUAUGGUCGAGGAACACCCAUCCCAAAGAUUUCCCUGCAAACGGCCGGGUCACACGGUUCAGUGAUAUUAUCGGGGCCUCUCAUACGGUGAAUUAUAGCUUUUGGAAUUAUGGCGAUUUGUCUAGCGAAGGUCUACAGCAACUCGCCGAAUAUGGCAAUACUCGGCUAUUGGAGAGUGAACUGAAAGCAAAAAGUGACCAGAUUAGGACAAUAAUUAAAGCUAGGGGCAUCAGUUCUCCCAAUAUCACUGGGAAAACCUUUGCAGUGUUCCGUGUGGACAGUAAACACCAUCUGAUGUCCAUUGUGUCCAUGAUAGAUCCAUCUCCUGAUUGGAUAGUUGGUGUUUCUGGACUGGAAUUGUGUUUGAGGAAUUGUACCUGGAUAGAGUCGAAAGUACUGAAUUUGUAUCCGUGGGAUGUGGGCACCGAUGACGGAAUUACUUAUUUGUCGGUCAAUCAACCCGCUCCUGUAAGACAACCGAUCCGUAGACUGAAGUACGAUUUUCCGGAUGAUCCUCGAUCGCCGUUUUACGAUCCGUCGGCGACCCCUUUGAAGCCAUUCGCACGUUUAAGGUUGACGCGUCAACGGUUAUAUGAGAAAAGUUGCGAUAUUCUGCCCGACGAGGAUACCGACGAUAAAAACACCAACUGCGAAACUACCGAUUGGUCCGAAUGGUCCUUGUGCUCGGCCACAUGCGGUCGCGGUAUCAAAUACAAACAAAGACGUUAUAAAAAUGACGAAAGCAAAUACAUGUGCCGUAAAAAGUUGACGGAACGAGCGACGUGCGAAUCCUCUCAAAAAUACUGUCCGCAAGUCCGGAAAAACUUGGAGGACGAUCCGUUAUGCGAGCUAAGUCCGUGGUCUUCGUGGUCGAGUUGCAGCGCCACCUGUGGCAAGGGCACCAAAACGAGAGACCGUAAAUUUAAAAACCGUUACGCCGCCAAGAGGUGCGUGCAUACGUCCAGUAAACCGUUAAUUCUGCAGCAAAAUCUGGAAUGCUGGGCCGAAGAAAAAUGCGAGGAAUUUUUCGACGAAAUACCGGAUGAGCUUGCGGACUGUCCAGAGAGGCCGUGGUCGAAUUGGUCACCGUGUUCCGCCACAUGCGAUAAGGGCAUCAAGGAGCGAUACCGAUUGUCUUUGAAAUAUACGGGGCACGAGGCCAUUUUCGGGCCAAAAAGGUCCAAAGAAAACCGCCACAUAGAAGAACCUUGCGAGAGAAAAAUUAAGGAAAUCGUGGAGUGUUACGAACGACCUUGCGAGAGGGAGCAGAAAUUACCUAGCGCUGCCGCUUGUGGUCUUCCCAGAGACGUGGGUGCGUGCAAAAGUAACGUGGACCGAUGGUACUAUGACGUGUUAAAGGGCCGAUGCGAAAUAUUCAGCUAUAGCGGAUGCGAGGGAAACCAGAACAAUUUUAACACCUUGGAGCUGUGUCAAACCGUUUGCACCAAAUACCAAACAGAGGCACUGUCGCAGCGCAAGAAAAUCGACGGAUCGAUUUCCGGGAUCUUAUCUUAUAAUGUGCAAAAUGACGCCACUACCGGUAAUAAAUGUGCUUUUAUAGAAAACCAAUAUGAAAACCGAAAAACCUUUACCGGAAACGGGACCAUAGUGGAUUGUUUGAUGUCGAACUGGAGCGGAUGGUCACAGUGUUUGCCCUCGAUCGGAGAUUGUGGACCCGGUUAUAAAGUGAAGUAUAGACACGUCAAGGUUUCUCCUAGGAACGGCGGGUUACCGUGCCAAAAGAAAAUGAUGAAAAAGAAAAAAUGUCUGGUGCACUGCAACAAAUAGGAACCAACUAAUUAGGUCCACUUUUGGCCUCUUAACAUGUUUUAGGAAGUGCAAAAAAGUAAUUUAGGCAUUGCCAUACGUUCAGUAUUAUAACAAUGUUUCCAAAACGAC